GAGCGUUGAUCAGCUGUGCAAGGGUGGUUGCGUGUGUGUCCGUUUUACUUUCGUGAUCCGUGUGUUGUCAAAGUCGCCGUGCUUGCCAGCGCUGCAUUUCAAAACGAUGACUGUUCACGCCGAGUAAGACAGAAGCUAUGGUAGACGAAACUGCAGCGGAUACGUCUCGCCUGGCCAAAUGUGGCGACGAUCUCGGCUACAGCGAAGAGACGCUCGGCUCCGCGGCCAAUUUGUUGACAGAGUUCACGAGUCACGUGUAUCUCGGUCAGUGGGAAUGUGCUCGAGCUUGUGCGCUGACCGUUCUGCGGGCACCGUUCACGUCUCACGAGCAAAAAUGGUUUGUGAAGGAGUACAUUCGCGGAGUAUCGGCGCUACCUGCAACCUUCAGCGCAUGUGCCAAUCCCCUCCUGCAAUCACCAAACCACCUCAGCUGGCUUGCUGCCAAAUUCUUAGAGGAUUAUUGCGAUGAGCAAAAACCAUCAAUCUUGGCUCACGAUGCGGAGCUAAGGGUCCUUCUCUGCACUAUUGGUGGAGAACUUCCUGAUGCCUGCAGACAGGAGUUGUACGAAGCCUACUGUGCAACAGCACCAACGUCUGACCAUGAAACAAGCAGUCUCCUCUCAUCGAACUGCCUUUUGUCACUAAAAGGCCUGUUCCUCAAAGACCCCCCGAGGGCCAUUCUUUUGGCUGAACACAUUUCCCAGCACCUGGGAGAAGCGAGUGGCAUCACACAGCAGCUGUGGAAAGUGCACUUGGAUGCCCUACGCAGCUGUCUGGGACAGGUGCAGGAGGCUCUCUGUGCAUACGAGGAAGUUCACGACAGGCAGAGGUGUCUACUUCUGAAGCUCUUGGUGACACUUCCGGAUCCAUUGGUAGCACACUGUGUGGGUAACCCUGAGUGGGCCAGUGGCUUAUUGGAUACUAUCAUUGGUGAUUUGCUCAAUCUGAUCGAUGGAGGUCUUCUUGGCAAACUCUCUGUGUUUGAGGCGGUCGUUUGCCGAAAGUCACCACUCCUGUCCAAACUUUUUGCUCAACGGGAGAAUGAGAGGCACGGACGUCUUGCUGCUCCCAGAAGUCCCAUGUCGCUGGCUGUGUCCGAAGAGUCGGGCCAGCUGGAUCUGCAGGAGGCAUUCCUCAAGUCAUUCGUUAGGGAGGAGCAUUUCCUGGAAGCCAUACUUAACGCUGCUGUCAAAAAGUUGCACAAUGGAGAAUCAGAAGUCGCACUCCGUCUCUUUGCACAUCCCGCUCUGCGAGACUUCUACAUCAUUGCCUUAUUUCGUGCCUGGAAUGAAGUUGUGUCUGACAACGAUGCAAGUUGUGUAUUGCAAGCAUUGGAUGAUACCAAGGCCGUAACGUGGAGCAGCCAGGAGACACACAACUUCCUCAUGGAAAUGCGCUAUCGCCUGUUCGUGACAGAAUGGAUUGUUUCUCUACAGAGGUGUGGCUAUCUUGCACUUUGA